CCCAUCCCAUCAUCAGUCUUGAACGAGACAUUCUUCGAUAGAGACGUGCCUUCUCCUCACUUCCUGAAUUGAAUUGCGCACUCACGUGUGAGUAGAAGAGUAUUACAACUGGACUGUAGGACGUUGCAAACGACGCUGGUGAACACUUGUUGUUUACUAACGUAUUGUAGCUAGUGGUACAAAUUCACGGGGCUGUUGAACGUGCAUUGUUUGCUAGAUACUGGCAGAAAGCUCGUCGCGUGUGUCCCUGUAUUCUAUUGUUUGCCAAUCCGUCGCCAUCGGAUACAAUUUUGCCGGUUAGCUCUUCGGUUGCUCGUCAAAGUGUGCGGUGACAGUUUUGAAACGUUCGCAUUGGUUGUUAGAAGGCUCUAUUAGUGCUCCAUCAUGGACUUCUAGCUGGCAUGCUUUGAUGAUAGUGCAACGAUGCGAUUUGUUACUGGUUCGGUGCAGGAGCUGGUGGUUAGAUGUCCACUACAUCACGCAGCUAGACAAAUGGAUACACGCAAGCCGGAAAUGCGGUUUAUCUUGCAGUGCUGAUGGUGCUCCUCAGUCCAUCACUAUACUGGACCUGGAUUGCGUGGUACAAUUGGGUCAGUCGACGACGGAUCGAAAUGUGAACUGAUGUAGCAAGCAGUGUUGUAAUUUUGAUGAAGAAACAAGUGUCCUUAAUUAUUUCUUUCGAUGCAAUCGAACGCGAGUUGAACGACCCAUUUAGCGGGGGCCAAGUUGGAAAAGUGACGUCAUUUAUUCAUCAUUAUCACCCAGUCAACAGCAGCAGAUUGGACUACGAUAGACGAGAGCUAUUUUGGUGUUACUAUUGCUAGGUAUAUACAUCGCAUCGCUUAUCGUUGCUGGGAAUGCAUUAUACAUGAGAGCAGUGAACGAAAUUGAGCCACACAAUGAUCAUAUUCCUAUACCUGAUACUAGUCAUCGCGUGGGCCCUGCUAAUCAUCAUACUGAAAUGCAAAAAGGCUCGUGCGAAACGCCUGGCCGAACUACAGGAAGCCGCCCAACCGGUGCACGUGGUUCAGAUCGGGUCCAACCUGUACGACAUCAUGUCGAUUCAGCACCAUCAUCAUCACCGGGCCCCGUACGGAACCGUCUAUGACUGUCUGGGAACGGGCGAGGGUUGCGGUCAAACGCAUCGAUCCGGCGCGAACACCGUCACCCAUUCCAAUGCCGCAUUUAUCGGCGACGACGGGAGUGUCUACCCGGGCAGUAAUAUCCCUCCACUGGAACCACCGCCAUCGUACGACGAGGUGAUACGGCUACCGGCGCACUAUCCAAAGGUGGAAACGUUUGUCCCGGAGAUGGUAGUGCCACCACCCCCGCCACCACAGGCCACUGCACCAACGACUCACUCCGAGGGUAGCAGCGGAGAAAGUGGAGGCCCCACAGGGGCGCCGACAUCUGUUCCCGGUAUGGUUGGCCAAAAUGGGACCGGCCGGGUCAAAACUAUCUCAACAGUGAUGAACACCUAACUAGUCCUAUCUAUGACUGCAAGCGAAGCUUUUUGUGGUAGAUGAUAUUUUGUUUUAUUGUUGGAGAAGAAGCAUUUUCACUAGUAAUUUGUUUUUAUGAUAAAAGUCUUAGAAUUAAAAAGUUGACUAAUGUGCAAUAAAUUCAUUGAUUGAUUAUAUUAUUUGAACGUG